UUUAUCCUCAUAUCUAGAAGGUUUUUUUUUUUAUACAAAGUCCGCAUUUUUGCCUUUUUUCCCUGUUUCUUUUCUUGGUACCUUUUUUUUUUAUCAUAUUUAUAUAAAAUGGAUACUUUACAAAACUUUGCUCAACAAACCAACCUAGCGUCAUUAUUAGGUUUCCAUCUUGGUAUUUCUCUUUUUGGUGCCAUAUCAGCUUGUCCUUCAUACAAUAUUCCCAUCUUCUUUUUUGGUAUCUGGGCAUUUAACUACCAUGAAUCAAACUCUCCCAUCAAAACUUUUACAGGUUGUUUAGGAUUAAGUAUACUACUCGAUAUAGUUUGGUUCACUCUUCAUAGUGGUAAUCCUCUCAACGAAAGUGGAUUCACAUUUGCAAUGAUUAUGAACGUGAUUAGUUUACUUGUAAAGCCCAUUACCGUAUUUGCUGCUGUCAACACGAUUCAAGGACGUGGCGAUUCAUUGGGAACUGGAAAUUGGUCUGAAGCUCCCGGUUCAUUCCCUGGUGCUUAUCAAACAGUACGCGAUGGUGAUAACGAUGAAUUUGCAUAAAUUAUUAUAUAGGAACCUUACAUAGUACAACUCCACUUUAUUGAAUAAAUUAUAGUUCUUGAUUACCCUGUA